GCAUUAAGUUUUUGAUGAUGAACAUUGAUCUCCAAUUAAUUGCAAUAAACAAUUUUGCACUUAAGGGCCUUUUGUUAUAGUGGAAAGUAUUUACUUUUCAUGGCAAGUAUUUUGCUUUGUACCAAUUUACUCUAGUUUCCAACAUAACAACCAUAUAUUGAGCUUAGAUUUUAAAGUUGUCGGAGUGUUUUUCAGUUUUUAUUACAUUCCAUUUAAAGUGAAUGACAAUGGGAGGGUGGGGAAUUGAAGUGGGUUCCCAUGGAAAAUGGUAUAGUUCUUGCCAAAUCUUAAAAUUUAAUCAUUUAAAAUCGAGCCACUAAUAUUUCCACCAGAAGCACAUCAUUUGAAGAUCUGGAAGUGACACACGUAAUGGCAUAAUAAGCUUGUUUGAGCUUCUGUGGGGUCCUUGAUUACUUCAGGGGAAAUAAGGAUUCGCCAAUCAUGCAUGUAUGAAGACAUUGCUUCCGAAGGUGUUCUUUCCAAGAAUCAGGCUCAAAUCUAAUUACCUUGUACAGCUUGUUUAGCUGUUUAUCUCCAAAGAUGCCUCACUUCAAAAGUAUUCAGAUUGCUUUUAUGAGUGUAAUGAAUUCUGUGAUUUGACUAGAUAUCAGGAGGCGGAGGAAGCGUACUUUAGGUUAUCACAAAAAGCGCAGGAAACUAUUGCCUUUUACCCCAACAGAAGAUCCCGAGCAACGACUUGUUCAAAUGGGAACUCUUGGUACUGCACUAACAGCCCUUCACAUGGAAUUUAGUAAUGAGCUUACGUAUGCUCCUAGCAUGGCCCUUAGACAUGCAAAUCAGGCAAAGCUUGAGAAUGAUGGAAUGCAGGUUCUCUCUAAAGAAGAUACAGAAACCUUGGAACAGUGUAGAUCUAUGUGUAAAAGUGGGCUAUGGCCUCCGCUAAUAGUAAAAUUUGAUUCACGCGAAGGGUAUACGGUAGAAGCAAAUGCAGCUAUCAAGGACAUGACAUUAAUUGCAGAGUACACGGGAGAUGUGGAUUACAUUAGAAACCGGCAAAAUGAUGAUUGCGACAGCAUGAUGACUCUCCUUCUAGCAGCGGACCCCUCUAAAAGUCUCGUCAUCUGCCCUGACAAACGCGGGAAUAUAGCGCGCUUUAUCAAUGGCAUAAACAACCACACUUCGGUUGGUAGGAAGAAGCAGAAUGUGAAGUGUGUGAGAUACGAUGUAAAGGGUGAAUGCCGAGUCCUUUUGGUUGCCAUUCGCGAUAUUGGCAAGGGGGAGAGGCUUUACUACGACUACAAGGGCUAUGAGCACGAAUACCCUACUCAUCACUUCCUUUAGACUCUCCCCUUCAUUUCUUUAUUUAUACAUUUAUGUUCAUUCUCUCUUGCUCUCUAACUUAUUGGUUUAGUAUGGGAUGACGAUGUUGAUGGCCGAGGAUAUGAUGUAGCAGAGUUGUGAAGAGGGAAGGCAGAACAGUUUUGGAGAGUAAAGCUUAGGAGGGAAA